CAAGGCAUUUACUCGGACGAUACUGGGUCCUUGGUCGCUGCAUUUUGAAACCGUCGCGGUGUGACACCUAGCAGCAGCAGCCGCCGGGGGAGAGUGGAGGAGGUGGAGGGCUAAAGUAUGGAGGCUGUUCUGAACAGGCUGAAGGGGCUGAGUGCUGAUGAACUGCGAGAAGAGUUUGCUCGAGCGAACCUCAAGUGUGGCCCCAUCACCGCUACAACCCGGGCCAUAUUUGAAAGGAAGCUAGCUCGAGCCCUUGCAGGUCCAGAGACUAGUGAGUCUGAUACAGGCACAGCAUCAGCUGAGAUUUCCAGCAAUGCCACUAAACAUGCCACAUCUGUGCAAAGUGCUACUACAGCGGCUACACCUACAAUAACCAGCAGCAAAAGUGAGGCUGCUCGAGAGGAGCUGGACUUUGGCUAUGGUGUGGGUCUGAACCCACCAGAAGAAGAGGAGAUCUCUGUGCUGCAGAACUCAAACAACUCAAAUGUCUUUCAAUCAAAGUCUCUGAGUGAAACUCCAUCCCGGCCUGCACAAACAUCCCCAACAUGCUUUUAUGGGGUAUGCCCACCUUGGGAAGAUGUUUUAACUAGAAAUGAAAGAGCACAUGUGUACACAGACAAGAAAGAAGCACUUCAGGCUGUUAAGCUGAUGAAGGGUGCCCGCUUUAAGGCAUUUCCUAAUCGUGAAGCUGCUGAGAAGUUUGCAAAGGGCAUUUGUGACUACUGUCCUUCUCCAAGCAAAUCCACACCAUGUGUCUCACCUGUAAAACCUGGAAUGACUCUUGGUAAAGACAACAUGGAGGUUGAUACCAUUAAUCGGGAAAAGGCCAAUAGUUAUAAGAGUCCUCGCACACAAGACCUGACAGCCAAAUUAAGGAAGGCUGUUGAGAAGGGUGACGAAGCUGCCUUUAGUGAGCUAGUCUGGAGCAACCCCCGCUAUCUCAUUGGUUCAGGGGAUAAUCCAACAAUUGUGCAGGAGGGAUGCCGGUACAAUGUAAUGCAUGUAGCAGCCAAGGAAAACCAGGCAGGGAUCAGCCAGCAGCUCUUGGACAUUUUGGAGAACCCAGAGUUCAUGCGCCUUAUGUACCCAGAUGACCAGGAUGCGAUGCUACAGAAACGUAUCCGCUACAUUGUAGAUCUAUACCUCAAUACUCCUGAUAAAGCUGGCUUUGAAACUCCCCUUCACUUUGCCUGUAAAUUUGGGUGCCCAGAGGUUGUCAAUGUUCUAUGUUCGCACCCUGACAUAGACAAACAUUGCAAAAACAAGGAUGGCCAGAGACCAUGUGAUGUUAUUUGUAGCCGAAAAAAUAAAACACAGGAGAUUAAACAGAAGAUUAUUGAUUACUUGGAAGAUCGCUGCUAUAUUCCUUUGCUGAGGGCAGCAGAUAACACAUCUCAGCCUAUUAUUGGUACUCCCUGGUCACCUGAGUCGUCAGAAAGUCUCACUUUGAUCCAGCGUCACAUGAGAAGUCCGAUGGAUCCAAUGAUGACUGUAACAGCCUUUGCUGGACCAUUGAGUCCCUCUAAGGCAAAUGACUUCAGACGGUCUUGGAAAACACCUCCUCGAGAACGUGUUGACAUCCUCAAGUCUGACCCAGAACGUGGAGCAGAGAAAGUGGGCAGAGACCUGGCCCAUGAAAUGGGCCAUCCCUGGGCUGAGUACUGGGACUUUCUGGACAGUUUUGUGGAUUUGUCAUCAACCGAGGGUUUACGUAAACUUGAAGAAUAUCUAGGCAAAAAAGACUUUAGUUCUCGUGUUUAUGAGGAGGCUGGGGAAAAUGAGACCUGUAAUAGAUUUAGGACUCCCUCUCCAGGUAAACUCAAGAAGUUUUGCAACUCAAUCUCUGUGGGUGCUUUUCUGGAUGAAGGUGACGACAUUAGCCUUGAAGAGAUAAAGAAUCGACAGAAUGCAGCACUUACCAGCAUCACCUCAUCUGCUGCAGCCAAAGAUGGACUCAAGGGUGCAGUGGGGGGCCUAGACUUUCACAUCCUGCCCAGACCUGAUCUGAUUGAAACAGCAGCUGAGCAGGACAUGCUGUGCCGCUGUGAUGACGGUCUCCUGUCACCCAGCACUGUCUGUAAAAACGGGGCAUGCUCCUCCUCCAGAGAUAGGACUCAUAAUGGAGACAAAGUGUCCCAGCGUACCUCCCCAUCCCCCUCCUGUCUGCUGUCCCCUGUUUCAAACCUGAUGGUGGAGUUCGAGCGCAUGUCGCUCCAGGAGCCUAUAGACUCCUCCCCAAGCUGCAGGGAGAGGAGGAGUAGUGGAGGCAGGAGCAGAGAUUCACACAGUUUCUCCUCAGCUGCAGAGCUGAGCUCUGGGCUGCACCGCCUGUGUCUCAGUCCCAAACAGGACAGUGAGGCUGUGGAGGGGCCCAGCUGGAGCGCUGAGGCAGGGGCUGAAGAAAGGCGCAGCAGUGGCAGCUCAGAGGAAUACUUUGAGGCAGAGGAGAGCUUGGAUUUGCUGGGCAGGACUAGGGGGUCAUUUUCAGGGGCACGCAAUUUCUGUGCAAGGUCGAAAUCAUGGGACCAUGGAGGGAGGGACCUGAGCAGCUCUGGUUCCUCCAGCUCCUCGUACAAGUCUUUAGACAACUCCCAUGAAUUCUUACCACGGACGCCACCACCCAUAAGAAAAGGACUUUUUAUUGAAGGAAAUUCACCUACAAAGUUGGAUAGUCAAGUUUUGUCAGCCAUUGAAGGCUUGGACAUUGACCCUCAGAAGUACCCCAGCAUUCAUAAAUGGAAGAGCACAAUGAAAUUAUUUUCUACAUCAGACAUGCAGAGGUGGCCUAGUCCCGCUGUGGUUAAACCGCGACUCAGGAUGCCCCAAACCCCCGGCUCUCCAGUGAGCGGCCUGAUGUCUCCGGCUCGGCACGCUGCCUCACCAGACUUCAGCCCCAGCCGCUACAGCCCUGCCAAUGCUAGCUACUUUCAGAGAAUCCGCCUCAAGCACUUAAAUGACCCAUCGGUAUAACUCCUGCCAACCAGUGUGGUCAUGCCCUGCUUUUCCUCCAGUUACCAAUUCAGCUGCACCAGUGGCUCUGACAGAUGGAGCUCACAAAUCUAACAAAAAUAUGCACAAAUGUCUUGAAGUUUUGUACUAAAGCUGAUGUACUACGUGGAAUGGGAAUUCUCAUUGCAUUGGGUUGUGAUGUACUCGAUAUAAAAGGAAAAAAGAUCUGUAUGUACGGUAUGGGUGUGGAUGUGUUUAAGUUGACAGUAGUCUUGUGGCAAGUGAGGAGCACCUGUGUCAUAGCCUGAGUCAACUCUCUGAAUAUUGUGGUAAAAAGGAACACUCCCCAAAGUAAGUCACUAAAAUGUUAGUGUGAAGUCCUCAAGAGGUUUCUGACACUGAUGCAUCUUUUAAAAAAAAAUCUAAUGUUAAUAUUUAAAAAUAUUUUUUGUAUGUUGGUCAGUAGCACAAAAUGUUUUAUAUAAGUGGUGUAAAACCGACUGCCAUUUUUUAAGUUCUCCUCAGUUCAGAAAUUGCCUUAAUUUUCUGAGAUGGGUCAUGUCUCAUCAGUUUGACACAAACACUUGGAGGUGACUAGUCAAUGAUUGGAUCUGUGGCAGUAGAUUAUGGCAAACCUCAAAAACAGACUGAGCUCUUCCAUGUUUUUAUUUUGUUAUUCAAUAAAUGUAUACAUUUACAUUUUUCUCAGUUGACUUGGACAUGUUGACUUUUUUCUGCCACUACUGAUGGCCUUAGACGUGCAAUUCCUUCUCCUUUUAAUUGUAUAUUUAUUGGUCAGGAGCCCAAAACAUACACUGAACAUAGUACCUUAACAUUUAAGUUUUGUGGAAAACCUAUAAAUUUUCAAAAUGUUAGCACUGUUCAAAUUGCCACAUUAUCUAACGUUAAAUUUCAAGAACCAUUUAAAAUGGGCUGCUUUGUUUUUGUCACUGAGUUUUUGCUGAAAUUGCCUUAAAUACAUCUAAAGUGUUUAUACAGGUUAAUAGUACUUAUGGUACUGAACUAAUUAUAGUAGUCAUUUGAUUUACAUUUAGUUGUUUGUACAUUGUUAAAACCUAACUGACUAGAAUACAUUUUUUAUUGUUAGCUUAAUUUGCUUUGUUCAAUACAACCAUGAAUGGGGCUAGUUAGGACAAAACACGAAAUUCAGUUUUCCACUCUGGUCAGGUUCCAAAACAGCUGUUCUGAAUGUAAAUUUGUUGUGAACUAAAAUUUUAUCUGAGAGCGCUAACCUUCACUCAAAUGAUUGUAACGUCAACCUUGUGCUCUCACAGUCAAUUUUAUUCUGGUCUAUGAAUGUUCAUGAAUGUGGAAAAUGCACCUAAAAAUGUCAAACAUGCUUCUUGUGCUUUUAUCAUUUUGUGCUUUAUUAAAGGGUAGCUCAUGGUGUAUUCUUUCUGUAUGUCUGGACAUCAUUUGCUUUCAACUGAUUAAUAAAACAUCACUCCUACUUUA